UCUCGCCGUGGCAGUUCUGCAUCGACACGAUGAAUCCCAUGAACGGCCCGCCUGUAGCUGCUCCCCUGUGGCAGGAGGCCCGCAACGCCGAGGGUCGAGUCUACUACUACAAUGUCCAAACCAAGGCGACCCAAUGGGCCAAGCCCGUCGAGAUGAUGACGCCCGUCGAGCGCGCGUUGGCAAACCAGCCAUUCAAGGAGUACACUGCUGAGGGGGGUCGGAAAUACUGGUACAACACUGAAACCAAGCAAAGCACUUGGGAGAUGCCAGAUGUUUACAAAAAUGCUCUGGCACAGGCUCAAACGGCUCAACCCCCUUCUAUGCCGGCUCCGACUUUUGUUGCCGGUGGCGUCAGCUCGUUUCCCUCUUACCCCCAGCACCGUGACCGUGACCGUGACCGCGACCGUGACCGCGACCGCGACGACUUCGAUCGAGGCUACAACGACCGACGGGGAGGCUAUGGCGGGAUGGACUCCAACGGCAUGGCGGCUCCCAUGCUAGGCGCACAGGAACCCGAGUACGGCUCCCUCGAAGAGGCGGAAGGCGCGUUUAUGAAGAUGCUGAAACGCCAUAACGUGCUGCCCGACUGGACCUGGGAGCAGACCAUGCGCGAGACCAUCAAGGACCCCCAGUAUCGGGCCCUGAAAGACCCCAGAGACCGCAAGGCAGCAUUUGAGAAAUAUGCGGUCGAGGUUCGCAUGCAGGAAAAGGACCGGGCGAAAGAAAGAUUCGCUAAGCUCAGAGCAGAUUUCAACACCAUGCUGAAGCGGCACCCUGAAAUCAAGCACUACAGCCGCUGGAGGACCAUCCGGCCGAUCAUCGAGGGCGAAACGAUCUUCCGGUCCACCGACGAUGAGGGCGAGAGACGCCAGCUCUUCGAGGAGUACAUCAUCGAGCUGAAGAAGGGGCACGUCGAAGAAGAAGCGGUGAAGCGCAAGGCCGCCAUGGAUGAGCUGGUGACUAUCUUGAACUCCCUGAACCUGGAACCCUACACCCGCUGGGCCGAGGCGCACGCCAUCAUCCAGUCCAAUGACAAGGUCCAGAGCGAUGACAAGUUCCGAAGCUUGAGCAAGUCCGACAUCCUGACCGCCUUUGAAAAUCACAUCAAGUCGCUCGAGCGGGCUUUCAACGAUGCGCGCCAGCAGCAGAAGGCCGCCAAGGCAAGGAAGGAGCGCCAUGCCCGUGAGCAAUUCAUCGAUCUUUUGAAGGAGCUUCGGUCUCAGGGCAAGAUCAAGGCGGGCAGCAAGUGGAUGAAUAUCUACCCGUUGAUCAACGAAGACCCCCGGUAUCUUGGGAUCCUCGGUAACUCGGGAUCAUCACCCCUGGAUCUCCUGUGGGACAUCGUCGAGGAGGAGGAGCGGUCAUUGCGCGGUCCGCGCAACGAUGUCUUGGACGUACUUGAUGACAAACGCUUCGAAGUUACACCCAAGACCACCCUGGAGGAGUUCAGCGCAGUUGUGUCGGGCGACCGCCGCACGGCCAACAUUGACCCCGAAAUCCUGGAGCUGAUCUUCCACCGCGUCCAAGAGAAGGCAGUCCGACGGAGCGAGGAAGAAAAGUACGCAGCAGAUCGCCAUCAGCGUCGCGCCAUCGAUGCCCUACGCUCCCGCAUCAAGCGUCUGGACCCCCCCAUCCGCGCCACCGACACCUGGGAACAGGUGCGGCCCAAGAUCGAACGAUUUGACGAGUACAAGUCCCUGGAGUCCGACGAGGCGCGGGAGGCAGCCUUCGACAAGGUCAUCCGACGCCUCAAGGAGAAGGAAGAAGAUGCGGAGAAAGACCGCGACGCCCGCGACCGAGACCGCGGCAGUCGCCGUGGCCACCACGACCGGGACCGGGACCACCGCAGCGGGCCGUCCUACCGCGGCGAGCGGCGCGGCGCCUCCAGCCGCCAGAGUCGCACCCCCGAGCCCGACGCCUACGAAGCCGACCGCCGCAAAGCCAUGGCCGACCGCGAACGGUCCUACCGCAAAGCCAGCGGCCUGUCGCCCGUCCGCGAACGAGACACAGACCGCUACCGGGAGCGCGAGCGGGAUCGGGACCGCGAACGCGAACGUGAACGUGAACGCGAUCGGGACUGGGACCGAGAACGCAGCACCCGCUCCGUCAGCCACUACGAGCGCGAGCGCCGCGGGCGCGAAGAGGAGCGCGAACGCCUCUACCGCACGCGCGGAGACCCCCGCGGCAACCGCGACGAACUCGACUACGGCGGCGACACCCGAAGCACCACCAGCAAUGACCGUCGUCGCCGCCGCGACAGCGAUACCGAGAGCGUGGCCAGCCGGUCCGCGAAGCGGCACCGCCGUGACAGUCGGGAGCGAGAGAGCAGUCGAGCGGCUCGCAAGGACAGGGACCGUCGCGAGCGGACGCCCCCCGCCGUCGAGGACACCAAGGAGGAGAAGGCUGUCCACUCGGGCAGCGAGGAGGGCGAGAUCGAGGAGGACUAGAUCAGAUCUGUCCAUCGGUCUUGGGCAUGUUAUUUAUUUCCAUACCUAGAUGAUCAUCUCUCUAUCUAUCGCUCUUGGCCGCUAUGCUAUGUAUGGAUGGAUGGAUGGAUGGUAUGGGAUGAUAUAUCUUCUAGUAACUUAUUACCUUACUACUUCUUUGGUACUUUAGCUUGACGAACUGCAAACAAACAC